GGGUGUGCGAGAACUGCGGGGGUGGGAAACAAAUUUGACUCGGUUAACAAUAAAUAAUUUUAUCCUGCCCAACCCAAUGUAAAUUCGAAAUCGCAUAUAUGCCAACCAAACACUCCCUCGGCGGUACAAUCGGGAGGGAAAACCAAUUAUUUUCAUUUUAAAUUAACUUGUUUUCUUUAAUUUGUUUUUUAUUUUCAUUUUUCACUUUAUCCCGAUUUUCACUGAUACGACACCGCUUUUUCGUCGAAUUCAAUCAAUCUCCCGCUACGCUAGGUGUUUGUUGUAAUUCCUGAAUGGCGAAAGUAGCUACUCCAAGUGCUAUGCCUCCGAGUUCUCACCGAAUUCGAAACGGUGUUUCUAUUGGUAAAAGAAAAACACCUUCAGAACUUAGGGGAGAGCAAUUGAAGCGGGAAAGUGUCGUGGACCUCACUGAUGAAUGUUCUCAAUCCAGUGGAUCCACAAAUGCCAUUGAGGUGGAUAAUAGAUUUAAAAAACCAGGAUUGUUUAGGGCUCCGAGAUACAAUGACACACGGCUUGAUGAAGUAUUUGCUGCUAAAAAGCCGAGGUUUAAGAUUCCAUCGGGGAAGGAAAAUGUGAAGGAAAAUCCAUACAUGGAGCAAACUAGUAAUCUAAAGAAUGCUUCCAUUUUUUCUACUUCGGCGGUUAAGAGACAGCAAGGGGUUUCACGCUUGGAGAAAUCUGCUACCUCAGGAGAGGUUACCAAGGAUGGUGUGUUGCAGGCGGGUGAAACAAAUGAAAAAUGCAGCGAAGGAAAGUUUCUCAGUGUUGCCGAUCUUUCUUCAGCUGUUGAUAGAUCUUCUGGAGCUGUAAAUAUUGACAUGGGAAAAGCAUUGAGAGGACUAGCCUCGCUUGGACCGCGUGGUGAUAAUGGAUUAGCUACCGAUUCUUCCGAUGGACGUGGAGAUUCAGCACCAACCAUUGCAGUAAAUUCUUCCUCUGAAUGUCAGAUACCUGGCAAGAAGGCUCCUUUGGAUCUUACUUUAAAAACCAGUAUGCGAAUAGUAUCCCCUGCUUCUGCGAAUUGGAAUGAAAAUAUGAGAAGUUCCCAGGGCUUCAAAGUUUUGCAUUCAUGGAUGUAUCCCCAAUCUGUUCUUCCGCCUUCUAUCAUAUCAGUGUUGAGCUCAUCAACUGCAGAAGGAGAAUUGGAGUUCUUAAGGAAACGACAAGUGGCUUGGGAAGAAUCCUUUCAUGACCUCUAUUACAUGCUUCGGAAGAACAUAUGUGGCCUCUUUUAUGUCUGCACUUCCCAGUUUAUUGUGAUGUUCACUGGUGGCGAUGGCUCUGGUAAAUCCAAAUGCUCAUGCAAUGCUUAUAUUUCUCAGUCAACCAGAGGUUUUAGGUCAUUGUUAAGAGAGCAUGAUCUUUGUUUCUCUAUGCCUCUUUGCCGUUCAAAAGAGGAGCAAGUUACAACUGAGGAUUUGGUUGAGCUGUCAGAGAUAGAGAAGCAAAACUUGGGGCAGACCCGGCGUUCAAGGUCAUUCUCUGACGUUGAUAAUAGCCCAGAAUCAUUGCUGGUUUUCAGUGGCAGCAACAAUGUGCAUGGCUUAUUUGACCUAUUACUGAAUUACAGAACUCUCGUGACCUCACUGUCUAGUGUGGACGUUCCUGUCUUGUGUUCUCCUGUUCCGUUCCAAAGUUCUGCUUUGACUUCUCCUGAUAUUAAAUGCAUGGAGAUGAGAAGAGCUGAAGAUAUUGCGGCUAAUAAUGGGUCUAUUUGGAAAGAUAAUGAGUUUGCACAAGGAUCAUCAGAUGGUCUUUUAUGUAGCAUUGAAAUUAAGGAUACAUUUAUUCCACCUUGGAUUAUCAGCCGUAUAUGUGCAUUGAUGGGCUCUGAAGGGAGGAGCUUUGAGGCAAGUUUUCUGACUGAACCGGUCUCCAGUGGCCUGAAUGUUGCUUUGAAAUCAACUUGUGAAAAAUCUGAAUCAAAAGCUGCUGGCAGUGAAAGCUUGCGAGGCUGCAGUAAUUCCUUUGGCAUUCCAGAAGCUGCAGUUACGUCUUCCCUAUGUUCAUGUACACUAAAAAGUGUAAAGUACUGUGAUGGUUCUUAUAUAGCAUCUCUAUCCCCUGUAUAAUCUCAUGAAAACAAGUAACCUAUUUUCAUCAUAGUGAUGCCUAAUUUAUUUAAAUGCUUACCCUUCUGAUUGGUCUCCUUCGAGAAUGAAAAACAGGUAAUGUUUUUGUAUCCAAAAUUGUAAGAGCGUGUUGCCCACAAGUCAUGUAUUUGUAAUAUCUAUGCCAAAUAUGAUUUCUGUCAUUUGAGGCAUUUUGAAUACAUCAUUUCCACAUACAUCAACAAUUAACUAACGGCCAAUGUUGGACUUAUAGGCA